ACGUCCUAGCAUAAUAAUAUCGAUUGCAAACACUUCGCAACCUGGCAACCCUUGGAAAUUACAGUUCAGUGGCAAAGUGACAAGCAAAAAUACGAAAAUGGUUCUGGAGAGUACUAUGAUAUGCUUUGAUAACAGCGACUACCAGCGAAACGGAGACUACUUUCCGACUCGUCUGAACGUACAGAAAGAUGGCAUCAAUCUGGUCUGCCUCACAAAGCUGCGUUCGAAUCCGGAGAACAAUGUUGGUCUAAUGACUUUGUCCAAUACCGUUGAAGUUCUAGCCACCCUCACCAGCGAUGUAGGUCGGAUCUUCUCAAAGAUGCAUCUGAUCCAGCCGAAGGGCGAGAUAAACCUCUUAACUGGAAUCCGUAUUGCUCACCUGGUGCUGAAGCAUCGCCAAGGCAAAAACCAUAAGAUGCGCAUCGUGGUCUUUGUGGGAUCACCUAUCAACCAUGAAGAGGGUGAUCUGGUGAAACAGGCCAAGCGCCUUAAGAAAGAAAAGGUCAAUGUCGACAUCGUCAGUUUCGGCGAUCAUGGUAACAACAACGAGACGCUCACUGCAUUUAUUAAUGCGCUGAAUGGCAAGGACGGCACUGGCUCCCAUUUGGUCAGUGUGCCUCGGGGAUCCGCCCUUUCAGAUGCGCUACUUUCGUCACCAAUCAUCCUCGGCGAGGACGGCUUGGGCGGAGCUGGCCUUGGCGGCAAUGUCUUCGAAUUCGGUGUAGAUCCCAACGAGGACCCCGAGCUGGCUCUCGCCUUGCGUGUGUCUAUGGAGGAGCAGCGUCAGCGCCAAGAGAGUGAGCAACGUCGCGCCAAUACAGAUGGAGCUGCACCUACUGGCGGAGACGCUAGUGGCGCAGGCGGUACCUCGGGAUCCGGUCCUGGCAACGUAGAGAGUGUCGGAGCCGACAACGAGGCGAACACUGAGGAGGCCAUGCUGCAGCGGGCCUUGGCUCUGUCCACUGAAACACCCGAGGACAACUUACCUGACUUUGCCAACAUGACUGAGGAGGAACAAAUUGCUUUCGCCAUGCAGAUGUCCAUGCAGGAUGCCUCCGACGACACUGUUACUCAGCAAGCAAAGCGCCCCAAGACGGACGAGACCAAUGCUCCCAUGGAAGUGGACGAGGACUACUCUGAGGUGAUCGGGGACCCGGCCUUUUUGCAGAGCGUGCUUGAAAACCUACCCGGGGUUGAUCCUCAGUCGGAAGCAGUGCGCGACGCUGUCGGUUCGCUAAACAAGGACAAGGAUAAAAAGACCGACGGCAAGGACUCGCAGAAAAAGUAAUCCGCACCUAUAAUUAUAUCUUAUAAGUUCAUUUAAAGCAUUUGUAUGCCCAUUAAAAUCAUUUGUAGCCUCUUUAAAAUUAUGCUUCAAGUGAAAAUAUAUAAACAAAUAACAAAUAA